UUUGAAAAAAAUAGUUAAAGGAGAUGAAUAAAAACCUCCGUACUAUUGUCGAUGCAAUCUAUGCUCUCUUCAUUUCCAUUUCCCAGCCUCCUUUUAAGUCUGUGUUUUCAGCUUGCUCCAAAAUUAGCGGCGAUUUCUCCAACAUCCAUUUUCUUUCUUAAUAGUCAAUAAAAAUCCCACACCUUUCAUCGUCUUCCUCUCCUUUUACACGUUUUCGUUUUCUCUCUCUCUCUCUCUCUCUGCCUCUCUCGUUUUAGCAAUGGCUCAAGUGGUGGCCACUAGAUCGAUCCACGGUUCAUUCUUGAGCCAGGGCCCCGGAUCCAGUCAAGAGCGAGUGGAGAAGCUUAAGCCAGCGACCUUCGCUUCGAAAGUGCUGGCACGUGGUGACAAGAAGAGCGAGAGAAUGGUGCUUAGGUGUAGCUCUCGGAUUACAGCUAAGAGCCCCGCACGUGCCGAGCCUGAAGUUAUUCCCGUAUCAUCCGAGGAUGUACCGAAGAGGGGGAAGCAGUAUGAGCAGUUAAGGGAGAUUCAACAAUUAGGCGACACAUCAGUGGGUAUGUGGUCCAAGCCUAUUGUUAGACGUAAAACAAAGAUUGUUGGCACUAUUGGCCCUUCAACAAACACGCGAGAAAUGAUAUGGAAAUUGGCCGAGGCUGGAAUGAACGUUGCUCGUUUGAAUAUGUCUCAUGGAGACCAUGCAUCUCAUCAGAAAGUUAUUGAUUUAGUUAAGGAGUAUAAUGCACAAUCCAAAGACAACACUCUGGCAAUCAUGCUUGACACCAAGGGUCCUGAGGUUAGGAGUGGCGACUUGCCCCAACCAAUUACAUUAACAACUGGGCAAGAAUUUACUUUUACAAUUCGGAGAGGGAUUGGGACACCUGAUUGUGUUAGUGUCAACUAUGACGAUUUCGUUAAUGAUGUAGAAGUGGGCGACAUGCUUCUUGUUGAUGGUGGCAUGAUGUCAUUGAUGGUGAAGUCUAAGACAGAAGAUUCAGUGAAGUGUGAAGUAGUUGAUGGUGGUGAGCUUAAGUCUAGGCGGCAUUUAAAUGUCCGAGGAAAAAGUGCUACACUGCCUUCUAUAACUGAAAAGGACUGGGAUGACAUAAAAUUUGGGGUAGACAAUAAAGUUGAUUUUUAUGCUGUUUCCUUUGUUAAAGAUGCACAAGUAGUUCAUGAGUUGAAGAAUUAUCUGCAGAGUUGUGAUGCAGAUAUUCAUGUUAUUGUUAAAAUUGAAAGUGCUGACUCUAUUCCAAAUUUACAUUCAAUCAUAACAGCAUCUGAUGGGGCAAUGGUUGCAAGAGGAGAUCUUGGUGCAGAGCUUCCCAUCGAGGAGGUUCCUCUUUUGCAGGAAGAGAUAAUUAGAACAUGUCGAAGCAUGGGAAAAGCUGUUAUUGUGGCAACCAAUAUGCUUGAAAGCAUGAUUGUUCAUCCAACACCAACAAGAGCAGAGGUAUCUGACAUUGCCAUUGCCGUUCGAGAGGGUGCUGAUGCUGUCAUGCUUUCUGGGGAAACAGCACAUGGAAAGUUCCCAUUGAAAGCUGUUAAAGUGAUGCAUACAGUUGCACUACGAACUGAAGCAACCAUAUCUGUUGGUGAAAUGCCACCUAAUCUUGGUCAAGCAUUUAAGAACCAUACGAGUGAGAUGUUUGCAUAUCAUGCAACUAUGAUGUCAAAUACUCUUGGAAUCUCCACUGUUGUCUUCACUAGAACUGGUUUCAUGGCUAUAUUACUUAGCCAUUAUCGUCCUUCUGGCACUAUUUUUGCCUUCACAAAUGAGAAAAAGAUACAACAGAGGUUGGCUUUGUAUCAAGGAGUAUGUCCCAUAUACAUGGAGUUCUCAGAUGAUGCGGAGGAAACUUUUAAGACUGCUUUAGCUUUGCUGCAGAAGCAAGGAAUGGUGAAGGAGGGAGAAGAGGUGGCACUUGUUCAGAGUGGUAGACAGCCUAUAUGGCGAUUCCAGUCCACUCACAAUAUUCAGGUCUGCAAAGUGUAGUGGCUGAAGAAAGAUGGAGAUCCAUUUGACUGAGUUAUUCAGAUUAGGUUUGGGAGCUUCCCUCACGUCAUGUGAUUGAUUUUUGGCUUGCAUCAUAUCUAUGCCUGUAUGUCUUAUUAUUCUGCGUUUUUUUUGUUUGCUUGAGAUUUCCUGGUAUAUGCUUCUAUUUGUGGCUCAUUAGUUUUCCCCCUAAACAAGACCUGGUGUGAAUGGGGAUACUUUAAACGAUUCUAUUUUUGUAUUCAAGAUUGUCUCGGUACAAAAUAUGAGCCUAGGCUGAUAUAAAUGUGCUUGAGUAUAUGCUUCUAUUUGUGGCUCAUUAGAUUUCCCCCUAAACAAGACCUGGUGUGAAUGGGGAUACUUUAAACGAUUCUAUUUUUGUAUUCAAGAUUGUCUCAGUACAAAAUAUGAGCCUAGGCUGAUAUAAAUGUGCUUGAGCUUCUUUCUUAUCCAAAGGAAUGUGAUCAUUUGCCCAUAUUUUCAUGGGAUCAGCUCACUAGCAACAGUUUAGUUUGAUAGAAUUGUCAAACAUCACUACAUCCAUGUAGGUGAUUUUCCAGUGAAAUCAAACUAUUACAAAUAGGAAGGACCUGGUAUGAUGGUUUAUUUGUGUUUUAAUCUAAGUAUCAAAGUGAUUCAUACUUGGAAAAUCACCUUGCGUCAAUUGGGAGAUUAAUUUGCUCCUUCAACCAAAAAAAAAAAAAAAAGAGGAAAGCUAUAUAUGGGCUUUAACAUCAUAAAACCAGUUUGAUUGACCCGUUAUAAGCUUGCUAGUUGCCAUAUGUAAUCCUUUUUAACUUGGGUUGAAGGUGGUCUAAGACCAUAUGUGUGUGUAUUUGAGGAUUUGUUGAGGAAGGCUAUGUUGACGUACUUGUAUAGUCGAAUCUCACAAGUUUUGUUAAGGUAGUCCCCAAGCCAUUUUGACCCCAAUACACGGCGAUCCCACCGGCUUGAGAGGCUUCAAUCAUGGCAAGGACAAGGAGAGGAGAAUAGGUAUGACUGGUGUUGUAGUUGCCCAUUGUUGCAAUUGUUGCGUCUUGUCUGGUAAUUGUGAUUCUACAAUGCCAAGCAACCGGUCCCUUGUAUAGAUUUGGAAGAGGACCCAGCUGAGAGUUUUAUUUGUUUAUUUAUUUAUUUAUUUUAAGGUUAA